GGAGCAGGCGGGGUCUAUUAUCCAGAGUCUCAGUUGGCAUCACGGCUGCAAACCUCCACACUGCAUCACGCCCUGAGUGGAAUGGAAGAACAGGACAAGAAAGAAAAUGGGGAGUACAGCGGAGAGAUAAAGGGAGGCAUGCGGCCUUCAAUGAAGCUGGUCGUUAUGGGAAUUAUUAACUGUAAACCCAAGAGCAUGGAGGUGGUUCUGUCCUGCGCUCCUCAGGAGGAAGAGGAGGAGGCGGAUGUGGGUCUCCAGCUGAAGGUGAGCUUCACGGAGAAGACCGUGCAGAGAAACGCUCGUGUGGCCGGGAAGUGGGGACGGCCUGAAACUACACUUUCAUACUUUCCCUUUGCAGCCGGAGAAUCCUUCAAGAUGGAGAUUGUGUGUGAGCACCAGCAGUUUCGUAUUUUAAUAGACGGCCAGCCUCUGUGUGGUUUCACCCACCGUGCCCUCCCGCUCGCCUCCCUCACCGCCUUACACGUCUCCGGAGACCUGCAGCUCACCAAGGUGGCUUAGCACUAACGAAGAAGAAUGAGGACAGUAAACAUACAUUUAGCGACUUUUUGGAGUGAAAAAUUAGCCCUUUAUGGGAAAAACAAAGUGACACCUGCCUCGUAAUCACGUGUAAAAGUGCCUUCACUAGAUUACCUGUCAGGGACUUAACGACUGAAUGUCUUAAAACAGACUGAGGAAUGUGAUUCGUGCUCUAAACUGAAAUAUAUUUCCCCCUUUCCUGAUUAAAAAUGAUUAGGGACACGUGCAUUUUUCAAAAGAUAUGACCAAAAGGGAUUUUUUUUUUUUUUAGUUCAGAGAUUACAGUCAAAAUUCUGUUUUUAAAGUCAACUUUCUGAGUAAAAAAAUCAACAUUUUGAGAAAAAAAGUCAGAAUUCUGAGAUUAAAAACCCAAUUCAAUUCAGAGAAAUUCAGAAAUCUGAGAUCAAAUCCUGAAUUCCGAGAAAAUAAUUGAAUCUUGUGGAAAAAAAGUCUGAAUACUGGGAACAUUUCUUCACACUGAAUCCUAGAAAUCUGAAAAAAAAGUCAGAAUUUGGGAGAAAAUCUGAAUUCUUCCAGGAAUCCUAACUUUUUUUCACAUAAUUCCGACUUUGAUCUCAAAAUUCCACCAAAAAUGCAUUCACUUUUGGUCACAUCUAAAAAAAAUAUUCACAUGUGGUCAUCAUGCGUUUAACUUUAAAUCCAAAAAUGGAUUUCUCUGGGGUUAAACUCUGAAAGCACUUACGUUUACGAGCGCCUGCAUGACGAUGAACGUUUCUGGACUGAUUGUAACUCUGUGCCCAAACGAGUUCUGUAACAGGUGUCAUAAUAAUAUUGUAAUUUAGCCUUAGUGCAUGUUAGUGAUACACACAGUUACAAAAAAGAAGCCCUGAUAAUUUCCUAAAACUGCUGUAUGAUUAAUUUCCAAAAGUGCAUUUGUUGUAGGUUUCCCAUUUGAUAUAUAACCGGCUCUGGAUACUGUAUACAUUAGUACUUUUUAUUAUUGGAUCAUUAUCACUUUUGCAAAGCUGUGUGUACUUUUCUUUAACCCUUAGCACUUUUUAAAUGAAUGUUUCAUAUUGACUUCACGCCAAUAAAUCACCUUUUGUUGAUUUAU